GGCGGCGGCCGGGCUGAGGAGGAGGGCGGUGUGCGGCGGGCGGAGAGGUGUGAGGGCGGCCGUGAGACCUGACAGGAAAGCCGGGCCGGGAGGGCCGCCGCCGCCGCCGCCGCCAUGCAGGAAAUCAUCGCCAGCGUGGACCAUAUCAAGUUCGACUUGGAGAUCGCAGUGGAGCAGCAGCUUGGGGCGCAGCCGCUGCCCUUCCCCGGCAUGGACAAGUCGGGGGCUGCUGUCUGCGAAUUCUUUCUGAAAGCUGCAUGCGGCAAAGGGGGCAUGUGCCCAUUCCGCCACAUCAGCGGCGAGAAGACAGUUGUAUGCAAACACUGGCUGCGUGGGCUGUGCAAGAAAGGGGACCAGUGCGAGUUCCUGCACGAGUAUGACAUGACCAAGAUGCCCGAGUGCUACUUCUAUUCCAAGUUCGGGGAGUGCAGCAACAAGGAGUGCCCCUUUCUGCACAUCGACCCCGAAUCCAAGAUCAAGGACUGCCCUUGGUAUGACCGUGGUUUCUGCAAGCAUGGUCCCCUGUGCAGGCACCGGCACACACGGAGAGUCAUCUGUGUGAAUUACCUCGUGGGAUUCUGCCCGGAGGGACCCUCAUGUAAAUUCAUGCAUCCUCGAUUUGAACUGCCCAUGGGAACCACAGAGCAGCCUCCACUGCCGCAGCAGACCCAGCCUCCGAGCAAGCAAAGUAACAAUCCGCCAUUACAAAGGUCGUCCUCCUUGAUCCAGUUAACGAGUCAGAACUCUUCUCCCAAUCAGCAGAGAGCCCCGCAGGUCAUCGGGGUCAUGCAGAGUCAAAACAGCAGUGCAGGCAACCGGGGACCCCGGCCGCUGGAGCAGGUCACCUGUUACAAGUGUGGUGAAAAAGGACACUACGCCAACAGAUGCACCAAAGGGCACUUGGCCUUCCUCAGUGGACAGUGACAGCAGCUGGAGCCAGCUCAGAACAGCCCAAGGGGCCCCAUGGUUGGGAGCGUGCAUUCCACUGUUGGUGCAGUGGUGGUGUGAUCCUGGCUAGAGCUGGCAGGCAGGCAUUGGGGAUCAUCGUCCCGAGAGGCCAUGCAUUUCAUUCCCUAUCAUUUUGCUGUAAUUAAU